AUGCCAGCUGUCUUAUAUUCUCUGAUAUUCGCUAUCCUUUUCUCAAUGGCUUGUGCAAGGUAAAUUUUGAAUUAAAGCAAAGAAAAUAAUUAAAUGAUUUUUUCAGCGAAUCUACGGAUAAAACGCACAUAAGAGCGGCUCGACAAGCUACCUAUUACUACACAAACGGCCGAUUUUAUCCAGUUCAAUACCAGCAAGUCAAUCCUUGGCACAACAUGGGAAACGGCUGGGCUUGGCGCUACGGGAGCGACGACGACGAUGAUGUCAAGACUAGAGUCUAUUAUGACCCGCAGACCACAAACCCACUCACCGUCCUUGGCGCAGUGCUUUUUGGCUAA